AUGGUCCUGAGUGGGGCGCUGUGUUUCCGAAUGAAGGACUCAGCAUUGAAGGUGCUUUAUCUGCACAACAACCAGCUUCUAGCAGGAGGGCUGCAUGCAGGGAAGGUCAUUAAAGGUGAGGAGAUCAGUGUUGUUCCCAAUCGGUGGAUAGAUGCCAAGUUCUCUCCAGUCAUCCUGGGUGUCCAGGGAGGGAGCCAGUGCCUGUCGUGUGGGACAGAGAAGGAGCCAACCCUGAGAUUGGAGCCAGUGAACAUCAUGGAGCUCUACCAGGGUGGCAAGGAGUCCAAGAACUUCACCUUUUAUCGGUGGGACAAGGGGCUCACUUCCAGCUUCGAGUCAGCCACCAACCCGGGCUGGUUCCUUUGCACUGCACAUGAAGCAGAUCAGCCUGUUGGACUCACCAGGAUCCCUGAGGAUGCUGGCUGGGAUGCCCCCAUCACAGACUUCUAUUUCCAGCAGUGUGACUAG